AUGAACUAAGAUCAUGUGAGUUAACAUACUUAGAGCCAUACUCCUCAUAAUCAGGAACCUAACCCUUAGUUGUCAAGUAAUUAAUCAUUGCAUAUCAUGGUAGAAUAUUAAUAAAUAAAUUGAAGAACCCAGAACAAUUAUAACUAAUUUAAGAAAUUGAAGAAGAAUAAUAACAACCUCAAAAAUUACGUUCCCGAUUAAGUUUAGAUUCUGAUAGAGAUAGAGAGAGUGUUGGAAAUUAAUGGAUAAAAUAACGACCUGGUAGUUCUAGUCCUUCAGAUUAAAAAACUGUGAAAAAUAUAACUAAUAAAAGUGGAAGUUAAGCUUUAAUUAGUGGUAAUGGGCGUUCAAGUAAAACUCCACAAGAUUUCUAAGAAGAAAUCAUUCCAUAAGUUAGAAGUAUCCUAAAAUAAGGCACAUAUAUAAGUCAUUCAUCAUAGCCUAGAAGUAGAUGUUUAAGACCUAGUAGAUUAUAAAGGUAUAAGAUUGUUUUGUGAUUUGAUAGUUUACAUAGUUUACCAUAAUCAAUUAGAAAGAAUAGAGUAUAUCCUGAAGAAUAAAGAGAUAAUAUUGGUUCAAAUUAGAAUGAUUCUUUAUCUGAAGAUUCAUUUUUUGAAGAAACUGAACAGAACGAUUUGGGAGAUGAAACAAGGUAUAGAUUUGAUAAAAGGUAUUAAAGUUAAUAUAAAAUUCAGAUAUGCUCAUCUUAAAUAUAUAAUAUAUCCAGAUGAUCCAACAAAAUUAUGUUGGGAUAUUUUAAUUAUUAUUGCAUUAAUGUAUAUAUGUAUCAUUGUACCAUAUGAUAUAUCAUUCAAAGAAGAAGGUUAAGAAGAAACCACUGCUUAAUUUAUUUUAGGAUUAGUCUUAGAUUUACUCUAUGGAAUAGAUAUAAUAAUAAACUUUAUGAGUGCAUAUGUUGAUGAUUAAGAUGAAUUAAUAGUUGACAAAACAACUAUUAUUCAACAUUAUUUAAAAAGUUGGUUUGUUUUGGAUUUAAUUUGUGUUGUUCCUCUAGAUUAUAUACUUGAAAAUAAUGAAACUUCAAGUUACUAAAAAUUUGCUAAGAUUCCUAAAGCUUAUAAAAUGUUUAAAUUAGUUAAAAUGUCAAGAUUAUUAAAAUUCUGUGUUUAGAAAAAAAAGUUUGGAGAAAUGAUUACUUCAUUUUCUAAUAUUAGUGUAAUAAUUUUAUAAAUUAUUAUAGUAAAAUAUCAGAGUGAUGAUAAUUUCAUUAUUUUCUGUAAUAUUAGUUAGUCAUAUGUUUUCUUGUUUUUGGUAUUUCAUAGGAACUGUUUCAUCUGAAUCAGAAACUUGGAUUACUCAUUUUAUAGGCAAUCAUACAAAUUUUGAAAGAUACAUAAUGAGUCUCUAUUGGGUAUUUUAAACAAUGGCCACUACUGGUUAUGGUGAUAUAUCAGCAACAAAUAGCACAGAAUAAAUGAUUGCAAUAUUCAUUAUGAUUAUAGGAGUUGUUUUCUUCUCUGUUACUAUUGGUUCUGUUAGUUCAUUACUUACCUAAUUAGAUAGUUAAAAUCUUAAAUAUAAAGAAAAGAUUGACACACUUAAUGAAAUUACAAAAAACUACAAAAUUGAUAAUGCACUUUAUUCAAAAAUCUGCAAAGUAUUAAAACAAGGUUACAAAAAUAACUAAAAUGAAGUUGUAGAAUUUCUUAAUCUAUUACCAUAAAAUUUAAGAACAGAAUUAUCUCAAGCAAUGUAUAAAAAUGUAUUUCUUGGAAUUGAUCUUUUUAAAUAAAAACCAUUAAGAUUUACUGCGUAUAUUGGGCCUUUAUUGACUAUUCUUAGAAUACCAGAAGGAGAUGUAAUNAGAGAUAAUAUUGGUUCAAAUUAGAAUGAUUCUUUAUCUGAAGAUUCAUUUUUUGAAGAAACUGAACAGAACGAUUUGGGAGAUGAAACAAGGUAUAGAUUUGAUAAAAGGUAUUAAAGUUAAUAUAAAAUUCAGAUAUGCUCAUCUUAAAUAUAUAAUAUAUCCAGAUGAUCCAACAAAAUUAUGUUGGGAUAUUUUAAUUAUUAUUGCAUUAAUGUAUAUAUGUAUCAUUGUACCAUAUGAUAUAUCAUUCAAAGAAGAAGGUUAAGAAGAAACCACUGCUUAAUUUAUUUUAGGAUUAGUCUUAGAUUUACUCUAUGGAAUAGAUAUAAUAAUAAACUUUAUGAGUGCAUAUGUUGAUGAUUAAGAUGAAUUAAUAGUUGACAAAACAACUAUUAUUCAACAUUAUUUAAAAAGUUGGUUUGUUUUGGAUUUAAUUUGUGUUGUUCCUCUAGAUUAUAUACUUGAAAAUAAUGAAACUUCAAGUUACUAAAAAUUUGCUAAGAUUCCUAAAGCUUAUAAAAUGUUUAAAUUAGUUAAAAUGUCAAGAUUAUUAAAAUUCUGUGUUUAGAAAAAAAAGUUUGGAGAAAUGAUUACUUCAUUUUCUAAUAUUAGUGUAAUAAUUUUAUAAAUUAUUAUAGUAAAAUAUCAGAGUGAUGAUAAUUUCAUUAUUUUCUGUAAUAUUAGUUAGUCAUAUGUUUUCUUGUUUUUGGUAUUUCAUAGGAACUGUUUCAUCUGAAUCAGAAACUUGGAUUACUCAUUUUAUAGGCAAUCAUACAAAUUUUGAAAGAUACAUAAUGAGUCUCUAUUGGGUAUUUUAAACAAUGGCCACUACUGGUUAUGGUGAUAUAUCAGCAACAAAUAGCACAGAAUAAAUGAUUGCAAUAUUCAUUAUGAUUAUAGGAGUUGUUUUCUUCUCUGUUACUAUUGGUUCUGUUAGUUCAUUACUUACCUAAUUAGAUAGUUAAAAUCUUAAAUAUAAAGAAAAGAUUGACACACUUAAUGAAAUUACAAAAAACUACAAAAUUGAUAAUGCACUUUAUUCAAAAAUCUGCAAAGUAUUAAAACAAGGUUACAAAAAUAACUAAAAUGAAGUUGUAGAAUUUCUUAAUCUAUUACCAUAAAAUUUAAGAACAGAAUUAUCUCAAGCAAUGUAUAAAAAUGUAUUUCUUGGAAUUGAUCUUUUUAAAUAAAAACCAUUAAGAUUUACUGCGUAUAUUGGGCCUUUAUUGACUAUUCUUAGAAUACCAGAAGGAGAUGUAAUAUACAAUGAAGGGGAUUAUGCAAGUGAAAUUUAUUUCAUAAGAGAAGGGAGUAUUUCCUUAUGUAUUAAAGAAUGUGAUUAUCAUCCUUUUGUUACCAUUGAUGCAGGAUAAUAUUUUGGAGAAAUUGAAUUAAUUAAAGAAACUUAGAGAAAAUAUACAGCCAUUGCAUAAAAAUAAUCUGAAUUACUUGCAUUAUCUAAAUCACAUUUUUUUAAGAUUUUUUUUUCUGAAUUUCGAGAAAUUGGAGAAGAAUUACAUGAAGAUGCCAGAAGAAAAAAAAGAGAUUAUGAAGAUAAAUACACUAAAACUAAGGCUUAUCUAUAAGGAUUAGAAUAAAAAGCUGAAUAAUAGAUAAUUGAAGCUAAUAAUUAACCAAAACCAAAAUUAGGUUUAGAAAAAUUUAAAUUAAAUUUAAUAUUUUAAACUUAAACUAAAAAAGGAUUCUUAGAUAAAGCAAUCAAAGAUGCUGAAUAAUUAGCAUCAAGUGAAUUGAAGAGAAGAAUGACUCGAUUAAAAACUGUUUUACUAUAAAAAGGAAUUAUAAAUAAAUUUGAUGAAAAUAGUCCUACUAAAAUAUCUCCAAAUAUUAUUAAACGUAAUACUCUUAAUAGUGAACAUAUACCAAGAAAAAUAGAGAAAAAAAAUACAUUUUUACCUUUGAAUGUAUUUUUAUAAGCUUAAUAAUUAAGCUCAGAAGAAGAAAAACCACCUAAGAAUAAUUAAUAAUAGGAAUAAAAUGCAUUAAGGUUUCCUAAAAAAGCUAUGACUGCAUUUGUUUAAAUAGAACAAAAUUAAUAAUAGGAAGAAUUUAUAAAAUCUCAAGAUGGCAUGAAUAAUUCUUAACAUCCUUCAUCAUAUAACACGAACAUUUAAUUUUUGAAAAAAAGAAAAAAACAAUUAUAUCUUUGA